GGGAGGUGACCGGGACCGGAGUGGGGUGAGCCCGGAAAGGCGACCGGGUCCGGGGUGCGGUGAGCCCGGCAAGGUGACCGGCACCAUGCUCCGGCUCGGCUCGGCCACGCUCGGGGCUCUGCUGAGAGCGCUCCGGGGCCGGGCCCCCUUCUCCUCCCGCUCCGCGACCCCCCCGCAGCCCGCGAUCGCCGCCAAGGAGCCCUUCCCGGUGGAGCUGAAGGCGGGCAAGAAGUACGCGUGGUGCUCGUGCGGGCACAGCAAGAGCCAGCCCUUCUGUGACGGCUCCCACAGGAAGGCGGCCCCGGGGAUGUCCCCGCUGCGCUUCAGCCCCCAGGAGGACGGGCCCGCCUGGCUCUGCGGCUGCAAACGCACCCAAAACCCCCCCUACUGCGACGGCACCCACAACGGGGACGAGGUGCAGGGGGCCCCCCCGACCCCCCAGCCCUGACGUGGAGCCCACGGGAGCUGGGGACCACCGGGAUGUGCAUCCCACUCAAGGGCACGGAGGGAGGGGGGAGAUGCUGAGCCCCCACCCCGAUUAAAUCUGAAUUACUGAGGAGCUGCAGCGAACCAGCAGCAGCUGGGAAAGAAGGAAUCCUGUGGACAGUGGGGUUUUUCAGGAGCGGUUUUGCGCUGCCAGAGCUGUGGGUGCCCGUCAGGAUGCGGGAUGGGGGGGCCUGUGGGAUUUGGGAUGGAGAGGCCUGUGUGUUCUGGGAUGGAGGGACCUGUGGGAUCUGGGGCGGAGGGACCUGUGGGAUCUGGGGCGGAGGGACCCAUGGGAUUUCUUAUGGAGGUACCUGUGUGAUUUGGGAUGGUCAGACCCGUGGGGUUUGGGAUGGAGGGACCCAUGGGAUUUCUUAUGGAGGGACCUGUGUGAUUUGGGAUGGUCAGACCCGUGGGGUUUGGGAUGGAAGGACCCACAGGAUUUGGGAUGGAGGGACGCAUGGGAUGCAGGACAGAGGGACUUUUUGGAUUGGGGAUGGAGGGACCUGUGGAAUUUGGGAUGGAGUGGCUUGUGGGAUGCAGGACAAAGAAACCUGUGUGAUUUGGGACAGAGGGACCUGCAGGAUGCAGGGCAGAGGGACCUGUGGGAUUUGGGACAGAGAGACCUGUGGGAUUUAGGAUGGAAGGACCAGUGGGAUUUGGGACGGAGGCACCAGGAGCUGCCCCUGUGCAGGCGGGAAGGACAGUCUGCAGCAUUUAUUACAUUUACAAAGCUGUAUCCAUACAAAUGUGUAACCAAGAACAAUACCUGGACACCGGGCUAUCUUACAGGACAUUAAAACGCCGUACAGGAUGCAAA